AUGGCGGCGCACCUGAGCUCGGGGCGCGUCAACCUGACGGCGCUGCGCGAGGCCGGGCGGAGGGAGCUCCGCGAGUUCCUCGACAAGUGCGCGGGCUCCAAGGCGAUCGUCUGGGACGAGUACCUGACCGGGCCCUUCGGGCUGAUCGCCCAGUACUCGCUGCUGAAGGAACACGAGGUGGAGAAGAUGUUCACGCUGAAGCCGGGCCGCCUGCCGCAGGCCGACGUCAAGAACGUCAUCUUCUUCGUUAGGCCCAAGUUGGAGCUGAUGGACAUCGUCACGGACAACGUGCUCAGGGAAGACAGAGGCCGCUCUCCCCAGAGGGAUUUCCACAUCCUCUUUGUGCCGCGCCGCAGCCUGCUCUGCGAGCAGUGGCUGAAGGAGCAGGGCGUGCUGGGGUCCUUCAUCCACCGAGAGCAGUACAGCCUGGACCUGAUACCCUUCGAUGGAGACCUGCUCUCCAUGGAGUCUGAGAGCGCAUUCAAGGAAUGUUACCUGGAGAGCGACCAGACAAGUCUGUACCACGCGGCAAAGGGGCUGAUGACACUGCAGGCUCUCUACGGAACCAUCCCGCAGAUUUUUGGGAAGGGCGAGUGUGCCCGGCACGUGGCUAAUAUGAUGAUCAGGAUGAAGCGCGAGUUCCCUGGAAGCCAGAACUCGAUAUUUCCUGUCUUUGAUACCCUCUUGUUGCUGGACCGCAACGUUGAUCUGCUGACGCCAUUAGCUACGCAGCUGACGUACGAAGGGCUGAUAGAUGAAAUCUAUGGAAUUCAGAACACUUAUGUGAAACUCCCGCCUGAGAAGUUUGCCCCGAAGAAGCAGGGUGAGGGUGGGAAAGAUCUCCCUACAGAACCCAAGAAGCUCCAGCUGAACUCUGCUGAAGAGCUGUAUGCUGAAAUCCGAGACAAGAACUUCAAUGCUGUGGGGUCAGUGCUGAGCAAGAAAGCCAAGAUCAUCUCAGCAGCCUUUGAGGAAAGACACCACGCGAAAACCGUUGGAGAGAUUAAGCAGUUUGUUUCGCAGCUGCCACACAUGCAGGCAGCAAGAAGUUCUCUAGCAAACCACACCUCCAUUGCAGAACUCAUCAAAGACAUCACCACAUCUGAAGAUUUCUUUGAUAAUUUAACAGUGGAACAGGAGUUCAUGUCUGGAAUAGACACAGACAAGGUUAACAAUUAUAUUGAAGACUGCAUAGCUCAAAAACAUCCAUUAAUCAAGAUCUUACGUCUCGUUUGCUUGCAAUCUGUAUGCAAUAGUGGACUGAAGCAGAAGGUUCUGGACCAUUACAAAAGAGAGAUUCUCCAGACUUACGGCUAUGAACAUAUAUUGACCUUAAACAACUUAGAAAAGGCUGGACUCCUGAAACCUCAAACAAGUGGUAGGAAUAACUACCCAACGAUCAGGAAGACCCUGCGCUUAUGGAUGGAUGAUGUUAAUGAACAGAACCCCAACGACAUCUCCUACGUGUACAGUGGCUAUGCUCCACUGAGUGUACGCCUGGCACAGCUUCUGGCUCGGCCAGGGUGGCGGAGCAUAGAGGAGGUUUUAAAGAUGCUGCCGGGUCCCCAUUUUGAGGAGAGGCAGCAGUUACCUACUGGCCUUCAGAAAAAGCGUCAACACGGUGAGAACCGAGUCACUCUGGUGUUCUUCCUGGGAGGUGUAACAUAUGCAGAAAUUGCUGCGCUGAGAUUUCUGUCCCAAAUGGAAGAUGGAGGCACAGAGUACGUCAUUGCCACUACAAAACUGAUCAAUGGAACAAGUUGGAUCAAAUCCUUGAUGGAGAAACUGGAGCCUGCCCCUUUCUAGGGUCUGUGACGAGAGACAGUAAAAGCGAGAGGCCCUGUGUGACACAGGCACGUCAGCUUCUGGUCUUCUGGCUUGGCUGCUUGAGCGUCAGAGAAACACAACAGUGAAAGAAGCUCUCCUGAGACCAGCUCAUGAUGCAGUUACCCUCAUCCCUCUCUGCACCUGUGUUCCUACUGUUCGUGGAACUUCCUAGUAGACAAGCCGUGCUGAAAGGCACUAAUAAUGAAAAAACAAUGGGAGAAAGAGAGAUCCCUGCUUGUGGUCUGAAUUGGCAAAAAAGCGCUGCGGGAGCGGGGAUUUGCCCUGGUUCUUCUAUUUGGCAAAUUGCUGCUUUUUUUUUCUUUCAGUUAGUAGGAGAUGUGAUUACUUUUUACCCUUCUGAAGUGCUGAGGAGGCAGGAUGUUUUCUGUUCCUGAUUUCAUAUUGAUAUUCCCAGUCUGUCUUUCUUUCUCUGGUGCCUGACAUAUUCCAUCAAUACACUGGAUCUGUUUCUGUCGGAGGUCUGUGCUCAGCUGUACCUCUGCUGUACCCAGAAUUCAGUUUCCUGCUCAUCUUUCUGGUGGAAGCCAAGGAAUUUGUGCUUCCCCCAGUUUCAGCACAUUCACAUCAACAGGCAGCAGCAAAGGCCAGGCCACAGUCGUUAAAUUUUCUCACAUCCUUGGAAGCUGAUUGUACAAUGGAAAGAACUGCUGUAAAGGGGAAAUAGUAACUCUUUUACUGCAUAGGUUUAGAAACGUGAUGGCUCUCGGGCAUCCAGAGUAACGCACCUGCAGGACCUGCUUAGCCUGCGCUGUACAGUAACAAGCUGUUAUGGUUAGUUGCCUGUAGGCCACACUCAAGUCCGCUGCCCUGCAUGCUUUAGCCAAGGAAUUCAUUGGGUUUCCUGCAGCAACAGCUAAACCUUGAACUCUCCACACACAUGUCAACAGCACUGACUACGAAUACAACCAGCUGCACCCAAAUUACCAGGGGGAUGCUUGAGCCUUUUACUUCAAUCGCCCUGUGAAGGGAUUGGUGUGAGGUGGCUUGUUUGUCCUGGGUACACCCCGCCCCCCCAA